AUUUGCUCCAACAAACCAGCCUCGCCUUGCUAGCUGCCACAGUUCCUCAACAAACCAGCCGCAUCGCAGUUGAAUCUGCGCCGGCCCGUACGAAACCUUCACAACGUCUAUUCAUCAAAGAGGAUCAAUAAGGGGCGUCUUGCAAUGGGCAAUGACGGUGGCUCGAUCCCGACGCGACGGGAACUCGUCAAAUCGGCUGCGCGGACGCCGACAGUAAGCGAACUCAAAGCUACUGCCCUCGAGAACCUCACUCAUGCCUGGUCCCACGACCCGUUAACAUUGGAGGACCUGGACAUGGAGAAUGUGGUCUCUGACUGGCGCGGCCGCCUGUACAAUUACGAGUCGGUCCUCAGGGGCUUAAUGCCGAGCGGCGGCGACGACGACGCCACCGUUGCUCCAGAGCUCGUGAAUGGUGAGUCGUCGGAAUUGACUUUCGCGUCGACGGGCAUCAAAUCGCUGCGUGACGUGGUAAAGCUCAAGUUCAGGCGCUAUGCACCCCCCGGUACCAAGGGCCGGGAAGUCUGGGCCUGCCCAAUAUCACUGAAGGAGCUCGGGCCCGCUACGAGGGCGGUUUACCUCGUGCCGUGCGGGCAUGUUUUCGCCGAGGCCGCCAUCAAGCAAAUCCAGGAGAAGAUCUGUCCUGAGUGCAACGAGGGCUUCAACCCCCGAGACGUUAUCCCCGUCCUUCCCACUCAGGAGGCCGACCUUGCCAGUCUAACAGCGAGGAUUAGCAACCUCAGGGCAGAGGGUCUCACGCAUAGCUUGAAGAAAGAGAAGAAGAGCGGAAAGAAAAAGCGCAAGGUAGAAGAGACAAAAGGUGAUGAAGCUGUCCAGUCGGGAGAAUCGAAGGGCGCUGGGCAAGAUAACGAGAGAAAAACGAAGGCGCCUUCUAAACCGGACAUUAGCAGUCGCAUGAGCGGCAUCAACAAUGCCAUGGCAGCAUCACUCACAGCGAAAGUCCUCGCAGAGCAGGAGGAGCGCAACAAGCGGCGUAAGCUGGCUGCGUCAGCGAACUGAUCGCUGCGCAUAGCUGCUUUCUACACUGCUUUUACCAUUGCAAGUUUGUCAGACGGUACAUACCAUGAUACCACCGUCGUUCCCCGGAUCCCACACGGUCACAGUACACUAGUGAGG